UUUCUAUGAACUAGUUUGUCCUGCAGUUGUAUAGCACAAGAAUAUUCAGGAUGAACAGACGUCCCUAUAUGUGGCUGAAGGCAGUUGUAGGCAUUGGCGUGGUUUUGCUUCUAACUUACAAAUAUCGUGGCGUUCGUACUUUUCAGAAAGUUUACGUCUUGGAAAAUAAAUAUGAACAAUCUGGACAUCCCCCGUAUUCUGUCGACAACUUUAACAACCACAAAACGAAACUCAAUACUCACAACAAUGAAGUAAGCAAAACGAAAACAGAUUCAAAGACCUUCAAACCAAAUCCUGACCAUAACUGCAUCGCGACCAUUCCAGAGAAAUAUAUAACGAAUGGCAAACAACCGGUGCUAAUUCCAGACGACCAAGAACUGACGUCACUGCCAGAUAAUGUAGUCAGAUGUUUGUAUCAUCGUUAUGUGACAACGCUUCAGUACUUCUGCGGAUACAAGGAGCGAAUUGGUCAAAUUCCUCGAAAUGGAUGGUAUAUUUGUGCUGACCCAUCAUUUGUGCCCAGCAGUAAAAACUGUGUCGUAUUUUCUUCAAACAAGAAGUUUAAUGACAACAUUUUCCUAUCAGAUAUAAAGGCGCGGUAUAAUUGUCGGACAUUUACAACUCCUCUUUCUCAAUCAGAUUCCCUUCAAAGCUGGAUUACUAAGAACAACGUAGGAAAUACCAUAAUUGACGUGCUGACUCUGUCAAUUAGUACUUAUACCGAACUAGAAGUCAUUGAUAAAAUGGUGGAAGAAAAGUCCAUUGGAAAAGUAAAACAACUCCUUCUGGAACUUCAUUUUGAUCCCUCAGUUACCAAGAAAAAAGAUUAUAUUAAGUUAUUAAAACGCUUACAAAUAUUGUUUCAAGCAGGCUUGCGUAUCAUCUGGUACGAUAGGGUGUUCCAAUGUGUAGGGGUCAAUAAAUUCAACAAGUGUUACGCCAUUUAUUUCGUUCAGAGGUCUUUAGAAGACAAGGAGCAUACAUUCAAAGAAAUGAUUCUACCCUCAGAGGACAUGAUUCGUAAACUUCCAACUCAAGAAUUACAAGAUUUGUAUUUCCGAUAUCUAAUGACGACCCAAUUUUUGUGCAAACAGAUCGUACGAAUUGGGAAAGUGUUGGACGGUGGGUGGGAUGUAUGUCAUGAUAUGAUGCUGAAGAUUGACAGAAACCCUUGUAUCGUUUACUCAUUUGGUAUAAACAACGACUUCUCGUUUGACGAUGACAUGGCCAACACCUAUAACUGUAAUCUGCAUUCCUUUGAUCCUACAAUGAAUAAGAAAGAUUUUAAACAUUCUGAAAAGGUUUGGUUUUACAACAGAGGUAUAGGGGACACGUAUAAGAAGUUUAGAUCGGGUUAUGUAGCACCUCUUGAUAAAAUCAGAAAAGAUCUGAAGCAUGAUAAAGUACCUAUUGCUGUUAUGAAGGGUGACACAGAGGAAGCCGAAUGGCCGUCGACUCUUCAGAUGUUAAGAACAAACCAGCUAGCCGAUGUUUCUCAGUUUUAUCUAGAAUUCCAUUCGAAAGGAACAGUGGCUGAUCACGUGAUUCUUCUAAAGAAAUUGCAUGAUGCGGGAUUCCGUAUAUUUUGGUUCCACACAAACCCAGCUUGUUUUUUCAAAGCUAAAAUAGGUCAAUAUUCACGGUGCAUGGAGGUUUAUUUCAUGAACACUAAAUAUCCAUUUAAUUCAUGAAUCAGCAUCAUCAAUGACGGUAGAGUGAAAUUGAUUUUGUAUUAAUAUGAUUUCAUACGCAAAAAAAAAUUGAAUAUAAUAAAUACCAAUAUAAGAGAAUGUAUGUGAUAUUUAACGCUUCAUUCACCAUACCAUGUGUAGUUAUACAGAAUCGGAAAAUGAAGUUCUCUAAAAGUGCGUCUCUGUGCAGGAAUUAAUAUUAUAUGUAUUUAAGAUAAAGUGUAUUAAUUUAUUAUUUAGUAUUAAAUGAAAAUUAGGUCUGGAUUAUUUACGAGAUCUGAAACAAAUUUGUAUACAAUUUGUGUCUUAUGUACAUGUAUAUUUAUACUACUAAAUAAAAAUUAUGUUCUGAAUUUC